AUGACCAUCCGGCGCCACGGCACAAUGCUCUCCCCGCGCGCCCUCGCCACCGCCGCCCAGCUCGCGCUCCCCUUCCGCUUCGCCCCGCCGCAGACGUACCACCCGGCCUCCAACCCCGACGGCCUCAUCUCCUUCGCGCUCGCCUCCAACGCGCUCGUCCUGCCCGCUGUCGCCGCCGUCGCCGCCUGCACGCCGCUACGCGAGGACGUCUUCACGUACGGCUACAGCACCGCCGGCGGCGCGCGGCUGCGGUCUGCGCUUGCGGCGCACCUGAAUCUGAGCUUCAACCCGUGUUUUGAGAUUACGAGCGAGCAUGUGCAGCUCGCGAGCGGCGCGACGGCGGUGCAGCACGUGCUUGCGUUCGCGCUGGCCUCGCGCGGCGAGGGGAUCUUGACGAGCCGGCCGGUGUAUGGGCGCUUCGAGCUCGAUUUCGGGAACGAGAUGGGCGUGGAGGUGGUGUAUGCCGAGACGACACCGGAGAACUGUUUCGACGCGGACGUGGUGGACCGGUUCGAGGAGGCCGUGGCGCGGGCGGCGGAGCGGGGUGUGAAGGUGCGCGCUGUGAUGAUUGUGAAUCCGAAUAACCCCCUGGGACGGUGCUACCCGCGCGAGACGCUGGUCGAGAUCAUGAAGUUCUGCGGGAGGCAUAGGAUUCACCUGAUUAGCGAUGAGAUCUACGGGCUGUCGGUAUUUUCGGACGAUCUCACGACGUUUACCUCGGUGCUUUCGAUCACGCCGGAGGAGGGGAUGAUCGAUCCCGACCUGGUGCAUGUGGAGUACGGGCUGGCCAAGGACUUUGCGGCGCCUGGGCUGAGGCUUGGAGCGUUGGUGUCGAGGAACCGGGCGCUGCAUGAUGCGUUCAAGAGUGUGGUGAGGUUCCACUCGCCCGCGGGGCCAUCUGUGGCGAUUGCGUCGACCAUGUUGGAGGAUCGGGCGUGGCAUGACGAGUUCAUUGCGCUCUCGAGGGGGAAGCUCAAGGGGGCGUAUGAGUUUGCCACGGGGAUGUUGAGGAGCUUGGGGAUUGAUUAUCUAGAGGCGAAUGCUGGGUACUUUGUGUACAUCAACUUAGGGCCGUGGUUGCCACCCAAGGAGUCUGGGACCGAUCAGGAGAGGGAGUUUGCGUUGGCAGAGAAACUCGUGGACAACGGGGUGUUUUUGCAUCCCGGGGAGGAGCAUUGCCUUGAGCCUGGAUGGUUCCGCGUCGUUUAUUCGCAGGACGAGGGGAUUGUUAGAGAAGGUAUGAGGAGGAUCGGACAAGCAUUGAAUGGCGUACCGUGGGCAGCGCCCAAAGUCAACGUCCAAAGAUUCAACGUGCAGGGUACAUAG